AUGUAGGGAGAGAGGUUGGAAAAGCAGUGUGUGAGCAAGGUGAGAGUGAAGAGAAAGAAAAGAAACUAAGGAAAAAAAAAUGAUGAUAGAGAUAGAGGAAGUAAGCAGCUGGGAAGCCCUGCCUCUACUCUCCUUGAAUCAUGUCUCCAUAUUGGUUAGAUCAGUGUGGACUUCUGUGCGGUUCUAUGAGAAUGUCUUGGGUUUCCUUCUUGUUAAACGCCCUUCAUCUUUUAAUUUCCAUGGAGCAUGGUUGUACAACUAUGGCAUUGGAAUCCACUUGCUUGAGAACGAGUCAGCCGAUGAGUAUGACACUCAGAAUGAACCGCGCCCCAUCAAUCCCAAGGAUAACCACAUAUCUUUUCAAUGCACCGAUGUGGGAGUGGUGAAGAGGAAGCUGGAAGAAAUGGGGAUGAACUAUGCAACGGCGGUGGUGGAGGAUGAAGGGAUCAAGGUGGAUCAGGUGUUCUUCCACGACCCAGAUGGGUACAUGAUAGAAAUAUGCAACUGUGAGAAUCUUCCGAUGCUUCCUAUCUCCUCCUGCUCCUUCAAGCCCAAGAAUGACAAUUACAAGAAGAUGGGGGCAAACCACUGCGGUUUCAUGGAAGCUGUGGUGAUGGAGACUGCUAUGAUGGAGAGCUUGAGCAUGGAUAUGAUGAACUUUUCAUUCUAAGUAGUGAGAUUGUGAAGCCUUCUACUUUGAAAUGUUUAAUUUGAAGAAAAUUUAAGGAUUAUGCUACAUAUGCAUCAAAAGUUGUAUAAUUUUCAGUGCUUUGUGUUUUAAGGGGAAGAAUUUAAAGUGGUAUUUGUGGGAUUGUAAUAAAAAUGUAUGAAUACAUGGAUUUUCGAU